AUGGCAGUGACAGAAGCAGCAGUGCUUAUUCGGUGGCUCGGUGCUCUCAAUGAGGUCAAGCUGGAUCAAAGGGAAACCUCCUGUGGAAGCAUCUACUUUAAUAGUCUUGACUUUCUUAACUAUAGAACUUGGAAGGUGGAUAGAGGAAAGGAGAAAAACACUGUAAAAUCAGGUCAUGAGACAUCUAGGUGUGAACAUUCAGCUUCUGAGUUGAUCCUAGUUGAAGAUGAAAUGACAGAUACUGAAGAUAAUGAAGAGGAGGAUUUAGGAGUCAUGGAUGAUCAACGUAGUGUAAUUCUCCAUCUCAUCUCUCAGCUCAAACUUGGCAUGGACCUUACCAGGGUAGUGCUUCCAACAUUUAUUUUGGAGAAACGAUCCCUGCUGGAGAUGUAUGCAAAUUUCAUGGCCCAUCCAGACCUGUUUUUGUCAAUUGCAGCUGGAGCCACUCCUGAGGAAAGAAUUAUCUGCUUUGUGGAGUAUUAUCUAACAGCUUUUCAUGAAGGCCGAAAGGGAGCGAUUGCCAAGAAGCCCUAUAACCCUAUAAUUGGUGAAGUGUUUCAUUGCUCUUGGGAUGUGCCUAAAGAUAAAGUGAAACCGUUCAGAACUAAUGGUGCCUCCGCAGUUUCUAAGGACCCAACCAAGGAUUUUGGCCAGGACCAGUCCGCGUGCUACAAACUGAGGUUUGUAGCUGAACAAGUAUCCCAUCAUCCACCGGUAUCUUGCUUUUACUGUGAGUGCAAAGAGAAGAAAAUGUGUGUGAACGCUCAUGUAUGGACCAAAAGCAAGUUUAUGGGCAUGUCAAUAGGUGUUUCUAUGGUAGGUGAAGGUGUUCUUUAUUUGAUGGAACAUGAAGAAGAGUAUGUUUUCACUCUGCCUAGUGCCUAUGCUCGCUCGAUACUUACCAUCCCAUGGGUGGAGCUUGGAGGGAAAGUCAACAUCAAUUGUGCCAGAACAGGUUAUUCUGCUACAGUCACGUUCCACACCAAGCCAUUCUACGGAGGGAAGGUCCACAGGGUUACAGCUGAAGUGAAACACAAUCCCACCAACACCAUUGUAUGCAAGGCACAGGGAGAAUGGAAUGGUACGCUGGAAUUUACGUAUAGCAACGGAGAAACCAAAGUGAUUGACACUAACAAACUGCCUGUUAUCAGGAAAAAGAUCAGGCCAAUAGCAAAACAAGGCCCACUGGAAUCAAGGCGCCUUUGGCAGCACGUCACCAACUCCCUGAAAGAAGGUAAUAUCGAUGCAGCCACAGAACACAAGCACCACCUUGAAGAGAGACAGCGAGCAGAGGAGAGGCAACGUGCGGCUCUUACAACGCCAUGGAAACCAAAAUAUUUUGCCAAAGAGGGUGAUGGCUGGCUAUACUUGAAUCCUCUCUGGAAGACCCAUUGAUGAGAUAGAGCAGUUGCCUCGUAACUUUACCUUACAGGCAUUAAGGUGAUACAGUAUAUACCUU